AUGUUAUCUUCUUCUAAUUAUCGAAGAAUGAACCUUGUGGAAAAAUCAGGUAUAUUACAUAUUUAUUAUGCCAAUAAAACUUUCAAACAUUGGAAAAAACGAUGGCUUCAUUUACAAAAUCAACAAUUGGCUAUAUAUCAAGAUUCUCGUCAUAAGCGUCUUGAAAACACGAUCAACAUUAAAAAUUAUUGUGUAUCUAUUACAAAUCCAGACGAUGCCAUAUCGCAUAAAAGAUACACUUUUAAAAUUUAUGGUCCAAAUGUAUCAAGUGAAAAGCCAGUGUAUUUUUCAGCUGAUAGUAAACAGUUAAUGACACAAUGGAUUAAUGUUUUACGUCUUUCAGCUUCAAUUGCCAAUGAUCUUCUUGUCGAGCCUAAUUUUGCGACUGAUUUGCAUCCAAUCGAUACUGAUAGCGAAUCAGAUUAUAAUGGCUCGAUGAAUAUUAAUAGUUCAAGAUCACCAUAUAAAUCUUAUAAACCAGUAAUGCCUGUUACAGCAACCACAACAACUUUACUUGAUCAAACUCGAUAUGUAGGUUCGAAUGAAGAGGAGGAGGAUAUGGAAGACAAUCGUUGGUAUCGUACACAUUCACCGUCACCACAUUAUACGUUGACCUCUGGUAAUGGUGUUAUUCAUCAACCAUCGUCAACAACGAUGGGUUCGUGGGGCUUUGAUGUUAAUCGUUCAACAAAUGGACCGACACCGUCAUCGCUUACAUCAAACAAUAAUAUCAACAACAACAGCAGCACUGAUCAUCGUACAAUUACUAGGACAUCAAGACGUGUAGAUGAAUCGAUAGGAGAUUAUAAUGAACCACUUGUAAAUAGAUCACCUCCUCCUCUUCAGCGUUUUAAAUUGCGAACACCUACAUUAACUCGACAUCGUGACGGUACCGAUUUUACGGUUGUUGAUCGUCUCGUUCUCGGACCAAGUCGUACUGUACAAUCUGAUUAUUAUCCGCCUGAUGAUUUACCAGGACAGCAGCAAUAUAUGCCUACAACAACAAUGCGAUCUCGGCAAUCAUCAACACGAUCAAUAUUACGUCGACGAUCAAAAUCAAUAGGUGAUUUUACUACACCAAUAACUAGUACAUCUCCUCCACCUCCUCCUCAUAUUACACAAUCUUAUCAGCAAUAUCAAUAUCAUGAUCGACCUCGGACAAGCCCAAAUCAUCAUCAUCAUCAUCAUCGAGUUUAUACAGAACAUGAAUUAAUGGCUUGGCAAAAUCGUAUGUUAGAAAGAGAUCAUCGUGUUGGAAGUAGUCUGAUAACGCGUCCACCUUCAUCGAAUACUGGUUGGGUUCAAUCACCGCGAAUAAGUAGUAAACGAGGCGGAUUCAAUACUUCUCAAUCACCAACUCGUCAAAUGCCUGUAUCAACACGGCCAAUAUCUGCUAUGUCGAAUAUGAGUGGUAAUCAACGUUAUGAACAAGAAAUUCAUGAACCAAUAACGAAAUUAUCGAAAGUUAUUAAAAGAUAUAUUGAAUUACUCCAUCAUUUACAAGCAUUUUAUGAAAGAAUUACUGAACAAUUAUAUGGUGGAAAUCUAUUUUUAAGAAACAACUCAUCACCACAAAAAUCGGUAUUUAUGCAUCAUUGUCGAAAAAUUGCCGAACAAUUACAACGUUGUAAACCUAUAUGGGAUAGAAAAAUUGUUGAUCUUCAACAUUUACUUAAAGAAAUUUCUUCAUACGACUGGUCAAUAGUAAAAAGUGAGACAACAUUUCUGCAACGUCGUUCAACAUUAAUAAAUUCAAUUCAAACAUUAAACUCACGUAAAGAUCUUGGAGAUACUCAAUUGUCGAUACUUAACGAUAUCGAUCGUGUAUUACUUGAAGAUAAAUUAGCUAUUCAACUUCAAGAUGAGUUAUCAUCAUUGCUUCAACAUCAGUCAUUAUUACAUGAUUUUACUUCGUUACUUCAAUGGAACCGUCAAAUUUAUUCUACAAACGAACAAAAUCGAGUAGAAAGUGUUCUACCAUUAUUACGUGAACAAAUAAAUACAACUGAUGGUUAUGUUUCAAAUGUUAGUCAACAAUUAACGGAAUUAGUAUCAAAUUUACGUUCAUUAGAAAAAUAUAUUUUAUCUUAUAUGAACACGAUGCCAUUACUUGAUGAUGGAAUAGUAGUACCACCAAAUCGUAAUAAUUGGCGUUCAUAUAAUGAAACAGAUGUAGAUGCCAUGAAAGCAAGAUAUCAAUUUGAUCGACCGAAGGAUGAUUUUCAACGGUCACCUCGUUAUCAAACACGCCCAAUGAGUGUGCAUACACCAACAAAUCAACAGUAUAAUCGAAGCAAUAGUCCGAAUAAUCGUACUCUUAAUUAUCCUAAUGAAAAUUAUCAAUGGUAUCGUAGAAGUCCAAGUCCAACGAAAACAAGAUCUAUUUCAGCAACUCGCUUUCAAGAUCCAUCAGAACCUGUUCGUGGUCCGUUCAAUGAUAAUUUCGAUCGUGAUGGAAUACGAACAUCUACAAAACGGUCAUCAAAUAGAAAUUAUAAUUAUCUAAACACAAAUAAUAGUAAUAAUAAUACAAUAACAGCAACACGUCUUGCAACCGUAAAAAGUGUUCGACGUGAAAAUGGAGUUAUGCCAAAUAGUAUUCUUAAGCCAUAUCCACAUUCACGUACAAUGACUGAAACAAAAAAAGAUUUUGAUAUUGAUACAAUUGAUAAAGAAAUAUUUAAACCUGAUAAAGUUGAUAUACCUGAUCGAUUAGUUGAUUUUGGUAAUGAUGAUCAAUUGUUAACACCAAAUGAACGUUUAGCAAAAAUAAAAAAGAAAGAAGAAGUACGAAAGAUGCUUUCAAAACAAAGCAUACCGGAUGAACUAGAUUACAAUGAUGGAGAUGUUCAUUCAUCUUACAAUCAACGACGAAUGGAAAAAGAACGAGAAAAAGCUCUUAAUUUGCAAUCCGCACUGGCUGAAGAAGCAAAAGAAAAAAGUCGACAAGUUGCAGCAAAACAUUAUCUGAAUAGAUCACAUCAACAACAAGCAUCUUCUCGUCGAAAUUCAUAG